GGCAGAGCAUGUGGAGCCCAGCAGUGUGAGCCCAGUGGCUGCUGCUAUGGUUCGUUAGUGGUCACAUCACCGGGCCGGGGUAGACUCAGUCAGCCACGGAGGAGAAUAUGAACAGAGUGGACCCGCCAUGCCGACCCGCUGCCUCGCUCACUUUCACCAUUGACAGCAUCCUCAACCUGAAGACAAGCGGGAGGAACUGUGACAGCUGUCACCCCGCCGGACUGCGGGAUGACUCGGCCACGGCGACGCUUAAAGACGGCUUGAGACGGAGCCAGCACGGGGAGCACGGAGCCCAGCAGCGGCGGGACCCGGGUACCAGGCUCAACGACAAAGAGUGUACCCCGGACUGCAGCGGAGCGGCGGACGCAGCGGCGGAGGCGCGCUUCGACAGCGGGGACAGCAGCUGCGACGACAGCAGCUCCACCACCACGGCCACGGACACCCAGAAAGGAGCCAGUCCUGCCAAGAAGAGCAAGCUGAUAACGAAGAAGAAGACGCGCACUAUUUUUUCCAAGAGACAGAUCUUCCAGUUGGAGUCUACCUUCGACAUGAAACGCUACCUGAGCAGCGCGGAGCGCGCGUGCCUCGCCAGCUCGCUCCAGCUCACGGAGACCCAGGUGAAAAUAUGGUUUCAGAACCGCAGGAAUAAAUUGAAACGGCAAAUCUCGACCGAAAUCGACGGACCUGUUGGCGAUUACCCAGAGACUGGGAAGCCCGUGGCGGGGGGGCAGCUGCCGGCCUUGUACAAAGAGAGUAGCCUUCUGGGGAGAUGCCUGCUCCCCAUGCCUCUGCCCGUCGUGUACCCGGGGAGUAGCACGCCUUACCUCUGCUUCACAAACGCCAGCAAGUACUUCAGCCUGUACGACGGGGACGUAUGAUGCUUUAUACAGAGACACGACAAUAGAACUUCAGAAAGAGACACUUUGGGUUUGUCUGUUGCCAACUUCCAAGCAUUUAAGGGGUUCAGAUUUGAGGGGGGGGGGGAGCUGCGGCCUAAGGCUGCACGUACAACGACAGAGGACUAGUUACAUAUCACUUACAAAAUAAGCUGCAUCUAUCGCUAUUAUUUAUUUUUCAGUCAAAGCUGUGGGUUUCUAUGGAGAUGGACACUAAACCCGCUGGAGUAGCCUAGCCUUGUGUUUAGGAACCAGCAGGCUCCGCUAAUGACAGCCCGAGGGAGGCCUAAAACACGUAUCAAUCACACCAUUUUAUUGUUUACAUGACAUGGCAUUUUUACUAUUAUUAUUAUUAUUAUUAUUAUUAUUAUUAUUUAUUAUUAUCAUUUUUUAUUAUUAUCAUCAUCAUCGACAACAGCAUUUCCAGCAGCCUACGCCACCAAAGAAAUUACUAUAGCCUAUCUAUUUGCAUGCAUUUCCUGUGUUAUAAUGGAUUUUGAAUUACUGGAAUUAUCUAUGUAUUUAAAUGAAUGUAAUUAACAUUUUAUUCCACGUUUCACGCAUGUGUAUUUUUUUUUCUGCGCAUCCUAGUAUUCUUACUUUAUUCCACGUUUCUCUAUGAGCUCAUUACACCAUUUACUGAAACUGUUAUUAAAACAUCUUCCUUCAAGAAAUGACAUUUUACAGAAUUCA